ACAUGAGGAAUCCAUGGAAGAAAAGAAAGCCGGGUGGGUAAAGUCAAUUUGAGAAAAAGCAAAAGCUGGUUCAUCCAGAAAGGAAUUAGAUUCCAAGGACCUUCCACGAGCAAUGAUGUUAGCUUGGAACGCCCCUGUCCCUGUCUUUUGAAGCAGUCAAAAUCAUGCACGUCACUGUUCUGAACCAACCAACUUCAUUGAUUUGUCUUCAACCAUCCAUCCUCGUCAACUAUUGAUCAAUCUUCUGAUUCUUGCAGUAUUUCUAAUCGGCUCUUCAGCAUAACCCCAAAUUACUGCAACAUCAAAAACACACCUCCAUCUCCUGCAUGGACAACACUUCCUCCAAAAACAGAGCUCCUAACUCCAUUAAUCCUCAAAGCUGGUGUUUCUUUGGCUGCUUUAUCUUUGGCUGCCUGGAUCAUUGCCAAGAAAAACUACACACAGCCUCUUCAAACAGACACGAGGGGGUCGAUUCACCUGAAACCAAUGAUGCUCAGCAGGGAGUCAAACCUGAAGAAAGCUCUCAUGGUCUCCCUUCCAAGGAAGAUGAAGAACAUGACUCGGCAUCCCGCGAAAAUAAUCCGAAUUUACAACAGGAGAUUAGCGAGCUGAGAAGCCAGAUUGAAGGUUUGCAAAAGAAAGAAUCGGAUUUGCGUUUGCAGUUCGAUCGGUAUUGUGAUAUGAAGGAGCAGGAAUCUCUGCUGAUGCAAAUCAUAAAUCUUUUGUCGCUGGAGGCUGCUCGCGUUGAAUUACUGCAGAAGGAGAUUUCGUUCAGGGAGGCAGAGAAUGGUAAGUUGGAGGGGUUCCUGCUCCAAUGUAUGAGAAUUAUUGAGCAGCUCGACUGUUGGAAAUCUCAAAACAGGUUGCUUCGUGGGAGCCUUAAGAAACUGCAGAGAAAAUCAAAGGCACAGUCUCGCCUGACGAAUAAGCAAGCUCUGAAGAUUGAAGCCCAAGAAGCUGAGAUUUUGGAAAACCGUGACGCCUUGCAAACGGGGAUUGAUGUUAUGGAUCAAAUAAAAAACGAAGUCAGAGACCUACAUAGCGUCUUGGAACAAUUGCAGAACGAGAAGAAUGAACUUCUGAAGAAGCUUGACGAGGCAGAAAAAUCGUACGCAUCAAAGGUUGAAGCACUAGAUGCAAGCAAGGAAGAGUGUAAGCAGCUUGUAAAGGAAAUGGAGGAGAUGAAGAAGGAUCGAGAAGACGAAGUGAAAGAACUGAUUCACCUGCGUUGGAUCAACGCUUGCCUAAAGCACGAGCUGGAGAGGCAACAAGAUGAACAGAAGAAUGAGAGCGAUGGGGCUUGUUUCAUACAGAACAAGUUGGCGAGAAGGCUGAGGAGAUGGGUGGAAGGCAGUGAGAAGGCGAGAGUGAGCCCAGUGGAGAAAGACGGCCAUGAAAGCCAUACUCAUUCAUAUAAAGCAUAAAAAACUCCGGUUCCUGCACGAACAAGAGGAAACUUGAGUUUGGGAUCAUAAACAUGUCUUGUUCGUGAAAUAUCAGUAAUACAAUCUUCCGACUGAGACGCCAAAUUUUGUGAUUUCUAUAUGCUUCAAAAUUGUGGAUGGAAGGAAAGGAACGUUAUCCUCUAUUCCUUCUCUGGUUCGCUCCCAAACCCAAGGGGAAAAAAAAAAAAAACAAAAGAUUCUGAUCUCUUAACUGCCAACUAACCCCAUGGAACUCUCCCUAUUCAGUCUGCAGUGCCGUCACACGAUCCUCCAUUCCC